UCUCUCACUUCUGGCCAGGGAACGUGGAAGGCGUACCGGCUAGGAGCCGGUUAGGGAGGGCGAAUUGGGGGACGAAAGAGGAAUUAGAAAGAAAGGGGGUUCAGCCAAAUAAUCCCAGAAGUAGGCUCAAGCCCAGACUGGAGCAGGGGAGAGCGAGCGCAAGAGAGCGCAGUCCGGGAGCGGCUCGACCUGGCAGAGCGCGCUCGGCGCUGACUUUUGCGGCUGCUUUCCCUUUUCCUUUCCUCUUUUAAAACCGAGAAGGCGCCGGCGGCGGCCGCACACGCGAGCGCCACGCGAGGCUCCCGAAGCCAACCGCGGCGGGAGGAGGGGAGGGAGGAGGCGGCGCAGAGGGAAGACGAUCACCCAGGCACCUUCCUCCGUUGCUGCUAGACAACUCUGCCUCCUUCCGCGCGUUUCUUCCCUUUUAACUUUCCUCCGGUGCUGGUUUCUCCCCUCUUCUUUUUCUUCGCCCCCCUUAGAUCGUGCUUCGCAGUCCCGCUUCCUUCUAGCUCUCUGCGUCCCCUGAGUCCCCAACUCGUUCUCCCCCGCGACAGUUUGGGCCAGCAUGGAGAGCUCUGGCAAGAUGGAGAGCGGAGCCGGCCAGCAGCCGCAGCCUCCGCAGCCCUUCCUGCCGCCUGCAGCCUGCUUCUUUGCGACCGCGGCGGCCGCGGCGGCGGCGGCGGCCGCAGCGGCAGCUCAGAGCGCGCAGCAGCAACAGCAGCAGCAGGCGCCGCCGCAGCAGGCGCCGCAGCUGAGCCCGGUGGCGGACGGCCAGCCCUCAGGGGGCGGUCACAAGUCAGCGGCCAAGCAGGUCAAGCGCCAGCGCUCGUCCUCUCCCGAACUGAUGCGCUGCAAACGCCGGCUCAACUUCAGUGGCUUCGGCUACAGCCUUCCACAGCAGCAGCCGGCAGCCGUGGCGCGCCGCAACGAGCGCGAGCGCAACCGGGUCAAGUUGGUUAACCUGGGCUUUGCCACCCUCCGGGAGCACGUCCCCAACGGCGCUGCCAACAAGAAGAUGAGCAAGGUGGAGACGCUGCGUUCGGCGGUCGAAUACAUCCGCGCGCUGCAGCAGCUGCUGGACGAGCACGAUGCGGUGAGCGCUGCCUUCCAGGCGGGCGUCCUGUCGCCCACCAUCUCCCCCAACUACUCCAACGACUUGAACUCUAUGGCGGGUUCUCCGGUUUCGUCCUACUCCUCCGACGAGGGAUCCUACGACCCCCUUAGUCCAGAGGAACAAGAGCUGCUGGACUUUACCAACUGGUUCUGAGGGGCUGACAGGCCCUACUGGGAAUGGACUUUGGA